AUGCUGCCGUUCCUUGUCACCAGAUAUUUCAUUGCUCUAACAAUAAUAAUAUUUCUAUCAAUUGUUGAAACAAAUGCACAAUGGGUCCGUUUAAAUAUAUUGACAUCCAAUAGCCAGGGAGGCCACAGAUCCUUGAACGAUUAUACAGGAGGAGGGCUUGUUCCUCGAGGACAACUUCCGGGACCUCCUGCUCAAAAACAAGACCAAACAACAUCGAGUUCUCUUGGUUCAUUAUCUGCUUUACUUAGUUUACUUGGAGGCAGCUCGACUGGUGGAAGCUCUGCAUAUCCUUACUAUCCUUACUACGGUGGAUACGGAGCGUAUAGUGGAUACGGGGCGUAUAGUCCGUAUAUGUCGACAUAUUAUUAUGGUGGUUAUCCAUACUACUAUUACUACUAUUAUUAUUAUUAUUAUUAUGGCUAA